UGUGUUUAGCCGGCCGCCCGGGCCGGCAUUACCGACACUUUUUUUCGGCCGCAUCAUCGGAGCUGACGUGGGAACUACGUGUGCAUCGAGUCGGGCAAUUAGUGACGAGUCUCUCUACGUAGAAACUUCGGGCAAUCACCAUGGAAACGGUGGUGGCAACACAGCCUGAUGGAGGUGUGUGUGAUGGUCUGACAGAUGGAGAGGCCGGACAGAUCCAAGGAAACUCAGACGCCCCGAUCACUGCUCUCACACAGGCAUCUGUGAGCAGUGACGGUAUGAGUGAAUCAGCAGGUGUAGCGGUGGUGACCUUACCAGGGGGACAGACUGUUCAGGUGCAUGGGGUCAUCCAGGCACCUCAACCCUCAGUAAUACAGCCCACACAGGUGGCAGUCGCGGCAGAGACAGUCACUGGAGAGGAGACAGACGCCUCAGACACUCAGAAGAGGAGAGAAAUUCUGUCCAGACGUCCCUCCUACAGGAAAAUCCUGAAUGAGUUAUCCUCUGAUACCCCAGCUGUGCCAAAAAUAGAGGAGGAAGAAAAGGUGGAAGAGGAAGCCCCACCCUCUUCCACAGUCUCCACGGUAACAGGCUCCUCCCAUAUCUACCAGACUGCCACAGGACAGUACAUUGCCAUCACUCAGGGAGGGGCCAUCCAGAUUGCUGGCCCCGGAGGGGACACCGUACAGGGGGUCCAAACCCUGACCUUACCCAGCCCUGCUACACCCCAGCCUGGGGCAGCGAUCCUGCAGUAUGCCCCCCAGAGCGGAGACUCCACCCAGCAGCUGCUGCUGCCCACGGGACAGGUCCUCGUACAGGCUGCCACAGGAGACAUGCCUGCGUAUCAAAUCCGCUCCCCGUCGUCAGGGCUGCCCCAGGGUGUUGUCAUGGCAGCUUCGCCGGGGGCGAUACAUGGCUCACAGCAACAUGCAGAAGAGGCGACCCGCAAGAGAGAAGUUCGCCUGAUGAAGAACCGGGAGGCAGCACGGGAGUGCCGUAGAAAGAAGAAGGAGUAUGUGAAAUGUUUGGAGAACCGUGUUGCUGUACUGGAGAACCAGAAUAAGACUCUUAUAGAAGAACUCAAAGCCCUCAAAGACAUCUACUGCCACAAACAGGAAUAACACACACACACACACACAUUACACACACACACACAUUACACACACACACACACACACAUACACGGCUGUUAAGAGUGCUGAGAGUGUGUGUGUUCGGACUGUUAUGGGGCUAAUAGAACGACCUGCUGAUUCUCUCUCUUAUGUUUGUUAUUGUGCAUUUUCUUUGGCCAAAAUGUCUGAUCCAAUUAUCUUACCCUCACAGGUCUCUCUCACUCUCACACACACACACACACAGGAAAAGUCUCUUAGUAAACACGGCCUAAAUACCAAGAGGCCAGAUGAAAAGACUACUGAUGAGGCUCUGGUGAAGUUAGCCAAGCCAGACGCACUCGUUUAACUGCCAUGCUUCCUCAUCCCUUCUUUUUCAGUGCAGUCUUUCUGUCCUCCCUCGCUUAACUCAUCACCGCUCUCUGCUUGGGCUCACGGAUAUCUUACAACGCCAUGGAUUUAUUUUUUUAAAAUUGUUUGAAUGUAAAAUAGAAUUUCCCACUUAAAAGCUAAUGUUUUUAUUUGCCAAAUCUUUGUAAUAUUUCUGUUGUGUGUGUGUGCGUGCGUGCGUGCGUGUGUGUGUGUGUGUGUGUGCGCGCUGACUGCAAACUUAUCGCUGUUCUUAACGUUGUAAGAGUGUAGCAGGAUUGUCAUAAGAGCUGUCUGGUGUGGAGGUGUGUGUUUCAUCCGAGUGUCCCUACAAACUUCCCGCCAACUCUGAUCAGGAAUUCACACUUAACACUCUCUGUCUCUAAAAACCCUCUCACACAUAACACUCUCUCAGUCUCUAGUAACCCUCUAUGAUAGCAUCACCAAAUGUUCUGAAUGAAAAAAACCCAGUUAAACCCAGUGCGUAAUGGCAUUAUUUCAGCGAGUCCAGUUAAACCCGGUGCGUAAUGGCAUUAUUUCUGGGUCUGACUCAGGCCAGGUUACAUGUACAUUGAAUACAUAUUUUAGAUUUUUUCGUAAAGCAAAGUUUUGGUAAUAAGUUUAUUUUUUAAUGACACAAAUUUGUUGAGAGAAUAGUUUGUUAUUGGAGGCGAACAAACCCUAUUUGAGCCAUCGUAGUCGUUUUGGUCUGAAAAGUAGCGAGCGAUUUGUGACUUUUCCUUUUCUUUUUUUUUGAAACUAACAUAAGCGUCUCCUGUCGGUGCAGCAGUGUGUCUCUCUGCUGAGCCAGGGAUGGGCAGAGGGCAGUACUGAAAACGUACUGAAAACAGUCAGCGCUGGAUGUUAAGAUCUGAAAGCUGAGCUGGUGUUCUGACAGGCAGUGUUUCUCUGGGUACAUCUGUUUCACAUACGUUUGUGCUGGUGUGUGUGCAUUCACACUUCUGACAAAAACGAAAAUAAAAAAAACCCACAGGAUGCUUCUCAGU